AUGGCUCUCUCAUCUCCUUCAUUUGCCGGGCAAGCAAUCAAGGUUGCUCCAUCUACCUCAGAGUUUUCUGGUGAUGGAAGGGUGACAAUGAGAAAGACAGCAACAAAGCCCAAGACCGCUUCAUCAGGAAGCCCAUGGUACGGACCUGACAGAGUGAAGUACUUGGGGCCAUUCUCGGGUGAGGCUCCAUCAUAUCUAACCGGAGAAUUCCCUGGAGACUACGGGUGGGACACAGCCGGGCUCUCAGCAGAUCCUGAGACUUUUGCCAAGAACCGUGAGCUUGAGGUCAUCCAUUGUAGGUGGGCCAUGCUAGGAGCUUUGGGACGUGUUUUCCCGGAGCUUCUAGCCCGCAAUGGCGUCAAGUUCAGUGAAGCUGUGUGGUUCAAGGCAGGAUCCCAAAUCUUUAGUGAGGGUGGGCUUGACUAUCUGGGCAACCCCAACUUGGUCCACGCACAGAGCAUACUCGCAAUUUGGGCUACACAAGUGAUCUUGAUGGGUGCUGCUGAAGGUUAUAGAGUUGCAGGUGGGCCUCUUGGGGAGAUAGUUGACCCAUUGUACCCUGGAGGAAGCUUUGACCCGCUGGGAUUAGCUGAAGAUCCGGAGGCUUUUGCAGAGUUGAAGGUGAAGGAGAUUAAGAACGGAAGAUUAGAUAUGUUUUCAAUGUUUGGGUUCUUUGUUCAAGCCAUAGUCACUGGAAAAGGUCCAUUAGAAAACCUUGCAGACCACAUUGCCGAUCCAGUUACCAACAACGCAUGGGCUUAUGCCACCAACUUCGUCCCUGGAAAUUAA